CCAGCAUUCAUAGCGCUCAAGUGGCGGUUCCGCAUUCGAAAAGACAGAAGUAGCCUAGCGCUGCAGUUUCGUGGUUUCUAGGUUGAAAACUCAAAAUCAGUACAGGACUCAAAACUUGAGGUUUACAAUGACAGAUGGGAGACCCUGCAAAGUGUUUAACUUCACACGGCAGAAAUCGUACGGAGUGGUUGUUUCCUCUUUGGAUAAUCUGAAGAAAAAAGGAUGCGAGUUUCUGGGAGUGAGCCCCUCAGGCCCCGUCACCGUGGUCCUUGAGAGUGAUGGGACCAUAGUAGAGGAUCAAGCCUACUUUUUGUGUUUGCCUUUUAACACCAAGUUCAUGCUGCUGCAUGACAAAGAAACGUGGGCUCCAGCUCGCAAGAUUGAUGGCGGCACGGCUUGGAUGGCGAGAGAGUCUGUGGUUCUGGAAGCUGAUGUCGUCGACUCCAACAUUAUUGAGGCGCCGUGGUGGAAUCUGGCGCUGCAGCUGAAGCAAGAUCUGACCAGUAUCAUUCUCAUGUCUGAGGGAGACCUACAAUCUUUAGUACAGGCGCCGUGUUCUGAACUAGCCUCUGCGCUGGGCUUCCAGGAGAAGAAGACAGAGGAUCUUCAGGUGACGCUGCAGAGCGUUUUAGAUCGCAGAGAGGAGGAAAGGCAGUCCAAAGAGUUGCUCCAGUUAUACCUCAAAGCUGUGGAGAACGAGGACAGACAGCAGGGAGCCACAAGUCCUUCUAGUCAGGACGGUGCUGGAGAUGAGGAUAUGCUGGACGGAUUAGAGGUGGAUUCUGCGUCCGAGUUCAUGUCCAGGACACUGAUGGUCCUGAAAGGCAAAACCAGCCCAGAGACCAGACUCUCCACUGAAGAUUUGCAGGCGGUAGUGAGCAGAGGGCUGGAAGCCAUGCAGCAGGUGCUGGGUUGGGACGCAGGCAGGACCGCCGCGCUGCUGCAGGCCUGCGAAGCGGAGCUGUCGACGCGCCUGCAGCAGAUUCAGGCCAUGCAGUCCAUCAGCGGCACGCAGCAGGACGGCAGCAAACACGGGGAGGGGGCGGGAACAGCGACCCAAGGCAGCAGCUAGGUUUGACCAAGCAGAGACUGAUAAGGAUUCACACUAACCUGCCUCGGGGUCAGGAGAAUGGGAUUUGCUCUGUGUUGCUGUUUGUGUAGCUACAGCUAAGAAUGCUGAAGAUGUGGAUCUCUGCGUCGUUUUGAGAACGCUGAGAAAGCAGUGAAGUUGGUGGAUGUCUGGAGAGCGCCGGGGCUGAUUUGCACAAAUGUGUUCAGUUUGAAUAUGUUUAACCACUUUUGGAUUUCAGUAUUUGUGUUAUGUUGGGAUGAUGGUUAAAGACAAACAUAUGCUCUCGAAUAUUAACAUGCUAUCUCAAACGAACACGGCUCUCGUAUAUAAAGAUGUAAUGGAGGCAAGCAUGAUUUUGCUGAAAGUUAAUGUCAUCCAGUACUUGGCAGGUAUCGAGAGCCAAAAGUGUCACAAUAAAUAAAUACUUGCAGGUUUAUUUAUGUGGCAAUUAAAAAAUAUUGGUAUUGUAGUCAUCAAAUAGUUACCCAUCAUUACAGAAAAUAUUUGUAAUUCUUAAAAUACACAAUUAUAUCUGCUAAUCUUCCUUUUGAAGUUGAAUUCAAUGGUAAAAGUAAUAUAAUUAUUGUAGUCUUUAUAUAAUUAUCUCAUAGUCCUGAGUUGCAGCACAUGGUGUUUUUGGCAACUUUUACAAAACUUAAAGCUUCAAUCAGAUGCCAUUUGUUACAUACAAAUUCCUUUAGUCAGAUUUCCUACUUAUCAGUUAAAAAGGAAUUGUUUUCUUUCUUACAGCAAAUUCUAUCUGAAAAAAUAUAAACAGCCUUUUGCCUGAGUAGACUCGUACGACACUGCCAGAAACCAGAUAACACUACCAGAUUAACACGUUAUCUAUGUACUGUGAAUGAUUUGAGUGUAUAUCUUGCAUACAAUCCUGACAGUCAUGUGUUGGUCUGAUGGAUGUGUGAGGUAAGUCUGUGUGUGUUGGUCCGUGUGACAUGAACAUGCAGUAGGUUCUCUGUUGUGUCCUCUUAUCUCUGGAACACCAAACAGAAUCAAUGGACUUCUUUUUACUUGCGUAAUUUGUGGGUGUGGGGGGGGGGUUUGUGGGAGAUUAUAAUACCGACAAAACGUGCUCCAUUCCCAACUGUCCUAGCGUAAUUAGUGAGCAUUGUGUCUUUGCAAAAAAAAGUUGAACUUCGGUGUGAAGCGGACCCGUUGGUUUUUUGUGAAUAGUUUUUAAGCAGAUUGUUCUCCAGGAUACAUCAAGGUGUUACAUCUGUAUAAAAUGAUGUAAGGGCUACUUUUAACAUGUCUUUUGGUAAAUAAAUGUGAAUAAAGUUUU